CAGUACAGUGGGGGACCUGGCUCUCAGUAGAGCGUGCGGGGUAGGGGCCGGAGAACCACUCCUCUACUGCUGGACACCGAGGGCGCUGAUCCACGUGAGCGAAUGACUGGAGGAGACUCGGCAUUGGAAAGAAGAACAGUUGCAAGAUGCUUUUUCUUAAAUGGAUUUACUUAGGUUUUGGCCUCAUCACUUCGUCUCAUGUUUGUAUGUCUGCUGGUGAAAUAUACACUUCGCUACUGAACGUAAAAGAGGCGAUCGCUAUUGAACAAACACUGAUAGAUACUCUGGGAACGUACAUUGACCACGAACUGGAAAGACUUGAGGACCUUAAACGAUUCCACUCUAGGGUGUCUGACCUGCACAACGCCGUUUACAACGGAUCCACCACGGCCAUGGCUAACCCCCUGAUCGCAUUCACUCUGAUCAAGCGCUUACAGUCUGAGUGGGCCAACCUGGUCUACAGCAACGAAGCCUCCGAGAACACACAAGCCCUGAGGUCCGGUUUCAAGGCGCUGGAGGCCAGCCUGCCCAAGAUGGAGGACCUGCAGGGUGCUGCUAAGGCCCUGAUGCGGCUCCAGGAUGUUUACGCUCUCCAGGUGGGGAGCCUGACCCGGGGUCGCUUCCAGAGAGCUGCGCGGGGCGACCCCGUGGACAUCUAUCGGCCCGCAGUCUCCGUCCCUCUCUCUGGCGACGACUGCUUCCUGGUUGGAAAGGUGGCCUACGAACUGGGGGAUUUCUACCACUCGGUGCCGUGGCUGGAGGAGUCGGUGCGUCUCUUCAGGGGGUCCGGAGGGGCGUGGAGGCCGGAGAACCAAGGCACACUGGAAGAUGCCUUGGACCAUCUGGCCUUCUCACACUUUAAAGAGGGAAAUGUGUCCUACGCACUGAGUCUGUCUCAGGAGUUGCUCCACCGUGAUCCAAUGAAUGGACGCGUUCUGCAGAAUGUGGAGAAAUAUGAGACGCUGCUUGUCCAGAGCACAUCCCUACCCGUCAGCCAGGGUGUUGGAAUGAGGAGGCCCAACUCCACCGCCCUGAGAACCAGGAACACGUACGAACGGCUCUGCCAGACGCGAGGCUCACAGCCAAAGCAUUAUGAAAACCAAAGACUGUUCUGUGACUAUUUCACCAAUGGGGAUCCUGUACUACUGCUGCAGCCAAUAAGACGUGAGGUUCAAAGCCUGCAGCCCUAUGUGGUUCUUUAUCACAACUUCAUCACAGACAAGGAGGCAGAGGACAUCAAGACGCUGUCCCAGCAAGGGCUGAGAAGAUCGGUUGUGGCAUCUGGGGAGAAACAAGAAACAGCCGACUAUCGCAUCAGCAAGAGCGCUUGGCUGAAAGACUCUGCCAGUGUCCUCAUGGGUCAGAUGGACAGACGCAUCGCGCGGCUCACCGGCCUGAACGUGCGCACCCCUUACGGAGAGUACCUCCAGGUGGUCAACUAUGGGAUCGGUGGCCACUAUGAACCGCAUUUCGACCACGCUACGUCUGCUUCAAGCCCUGUGUUCAAACUCAAAACUGGAAAUCGAGUGGCAACAUUUAUGAUUUAUCUCAGUUCAGUAGAGGCCGGUGGCUCCACGGCCUUCAUCUACGCCAACUUCAGUGUUCCGGUGGUGAAGAACGCUGCCCUCUUCUGGUGGAACCUCCACAGGAACGGUCGAGGGGACGAGGACACACUGCAUGCAGGCUGCCCUGUGCUGGUUGGGGACAAAUGGGUCGCCAACAAGUGGAUCCAUGAGCACGGCCAGGAGUUCCGGCGCCGCUGUGCUCUCGACCCAGAAGAGUGAGCGAGAGGGGGAGGAGAGAGAGAGCGACGGGCCCACUCGGGGCACUAGAGCCCCUCCUCAUCCUGGGACAGAGAGGCAGGCUGCCCAAGCAGCGAAGGAAGGAAGGGGCAGUAGAGGGUUAAACUGGCAUUCUGCUGCCGCUGCAGCCACGAAAGAGGCCCCUGGGAGCCUGGAGAUGGCCCUCCUGGAUGGAGAGGGGGGGGGGGGGGGGGGGGGCAGCCGCACGCCCCGGCCCCUGGAGAGGAACCGGGCCGAGGAUGGGGGCAGUUGGCAGCAGGCCCCCGAGGCUGUGCGCUCCCUUUGCUGUCACUGGGCUGGGCCACUCGCUGGGCUGGAUUACCUUAACUCUACCAUGCUGUUUCCCUCUCCGUCUCAGUUCACGCUUUUCAACUUUAUUUAUUUUCAUGUAUUUGUACAGAAGAGUUGUCCUUGCGUACGUCUUCAUUUUGUGAGCACACAUCUGCUGUCGUGGAGACACUUCACGUUCAAGAUGUCCGCGCUGUCGUUUGUCACCUCACAGCUGGGGAACGGCGCGGUAGCCAGCGCUGCGAACCAACGAAAGCAUUCCCAGUCGAGUGUGGCCGGGCUUUGUUUUCCACGGGUGACUAAGAAAACCAUGUGUCAUUCCCUGUUGCCAACGAGACCGCUCUUGUGAUGAACUGACGUGUACUCACCGUCUGGUUCCUACUGGAAUAGUUGAGCAGAACUUUGGCCCGACGCAGUCACCAUCAUUAAUCACUCUCUGGGGAAACAUCGGGACUGCCUAGCCCCAUCGGCUGCAGUGCACGUGUCUCACUGCUGAGUGUCUGCCUGCAUAACGCUCUGAAGUAGGUCAGGACCCUGCUCAGUGGAGAGGACUCGUUUUCUCAUUACGUCGCAGACAGAGGAAGAGUCUAUUGAAAGAGCCCUGAAGGAGCUGGGUUCUCCAAGGGCCCCUAUCUGUCUGUGGUGGUCAGCUCCUUUAGUGACAGGGUGUUGAAAGCUCAGAGAGGGCCGGGGGGGGGGGGGUAGUUGUUGUAUCCACAACGUGGAUGGUACAUACUGUAUACGUUGUACCAUCCACAACGUAUACAGUAUGAGAUAAACGCAAAGAGAACCUUGCGCACAGACAAACACAAAUACUGAUAGGGUCAUAUUUGUGUACAACUGUUGUUCCACAGUUGUGUGAGGUGUGCAUGGGCGUGUGUGGUGUUGAUUUGUGGGAACUUCAGGGCCAAGUCUUCCAUCGGGUUGUUCAGGAACUCAAUCGCUACACUAUUCUAUGUUGGGUGUUUCAUUUUUGUUUGGAUUAACCUUUUUCUGGACUGUGUUUUAAAGUUAAUAAAGUGGCCCUUUCGUGAA